UAUCGCGAGGUGUCCAGUUCAGACACAUCCCCUUCCCCUUCCCCCUCCCUUGGUUCUUACACCAACAAGACACAUAAAUUCCUCUGUCCUUGGUCGUCCGCGGCAGCUCCAUGGAAAAAGAUCCACUCAAUCAAGAGAUUCAGCUCCCUCCUGGCUUUCGAUUUCAUCCCUCCGAUGAGGAACUCAUCGUGCACUAUCUCAGGAAAAAAGCCACCAAAAUCCCACUCCCGGCUGCUAUUAUUGCUGAAGUUGAACUUUACAAAUUUAACCCCUGGGAUCUACCAAAGAAAGCUCUAUUUGGGGAGGACGAAUGGUACUUCUUUACUCCGAGGGAUAGGAAGUACCCGAAUGGGAUGAGGCCUAAUCGAAUGGCAUCCUCAGGUUACUGGAAGGCUACUGGAACCGAUAAGCCUAUCCUGUCUUCCUCCGGUGCAAAGGUCAUCGGAGCCAAGAAAGCUUUAGUGUUCUACACAGGACGUCCCCCAAAGGGUAACAAGACUGACUGGAUCAUGCAUGAGUAUCGGCUGCCCGAAGCAACUUGGACCGCCAAGAAAGAAAGAUCUAUGAGAUUGGAUGACUGGGUGCUUUGCCGAGUGAGGCAGAAAACCGGCACGGCAGGAAACUUUUGGGAAGACAGAAAUGGUCCUGCAAGCAAAGAAACAGUUCAAUGCCAUCCAAAAUUGGAUAAACACUGCCCUGUCCCUAUGGGAACAACAAGUACGGCUCCCGCAACUGCUGAAAUGGUCAGAGAAUAUCCAUACAAAGACUGUCCAAUGGUACCAUUUCUCUUUGGCUCUCAAGAAUUUGCUUGCAUGGAUACCGUCUCUAACAUAAGUUUCCAAGGCAGCAAGGCUUCCUCACAAACUGGCCCUCCUUGCGUGGACUCAGUAUCCAACAUAAGUUUUGAAGGGAACAAGACUUCAUCCGUUUGCGGGGACAACUUUAACAUAGACUAUUUGCAAAAUGCUGUCCUUCCUUCUUCUUCUUCCGGUAAUGGUUUGUUGCACAUGCGGAAGAGGAAAAAUAUACUAACAAUAGAAGGGAAUGGUACUGAAGGGGAUAUUAGUUUCACACACCCCCACAAGAAACAAACCUACAGAUCAGAAGGCCAAAUGGAGGGCAAUCAGCCCCAGUCUACGAGCAACGACACUACAGGUACCGUUUCUUGCAGUACAAACCAAAUGGAGAAAUACAACUCCAGCGUGGAUCAGUUGGGCUCUAUCACGAUGUGUCAAGAUCUAUACAGUUUGGCCUUUGCUUGAGGAGAAUGAGGUAUCGAGCUGGCAAAGAGGACAAGACCAACAAUACAAAUAAAGUGACCAUGAGCGCCAUUCUUCCACAUUAAUUCUCGUCUCCAAAGCAGCUUCAGCCUAACACUCAUGGCUAUGGAGUGUAAAGUGUGAGGUGCACAGACAAUAUUUCUUCAUGCACUAUGUAUUUACGUAAGAAGUUACUUAAAACCCUGGGUAGGAGUCGUCUUGUAUAUAUUUGGGGUGUGUGGAUUGGGAAUGAUUCACGAAUUCACGAAUAUAUAACUUUUAUGAAUUUUCAUCA